AUGCAGAGAGUGAAGGUUUACUGUUUGGAUGAAGAUGGUAAAUGGGAUGAUCGAGGAACUGGACACGUCAGUAUGGACUAUAUGGAGCAAUCAGAAGAACUCGGUCUAUAUGUGAUCGAUGAAGAUGAUAGCGAGACAUUGCUUGUACACCGGAUCAGCACUGAUGAUAUCUACAGGAAGCAAGAAGACACGAUUAUCUCAUGGAGAGACCCAGAGCGCUCAACGGAACUGGCUUUGAGCUUUCAAGAAACUGCGGGGUGCUCUCAUGUAUGGAAUCAAAUAUACACUAUGCAACGGAAUCUCCAUUUCAAUUCUCUGAACAGCGAUACAUUUCAAAAGAGUCUGUUGAGGGAGCUUCCUGAUGUCCAUAUUUCUAAUCUUCCCUCAAUAUUCAAGAUUGUUACUGAAAGUGGCACUACAGAUCAGAUGCGGUUAACCAGACUUAUGUUGAAGGAUACUGAUUUCUUUGGGAAUUUGAUGAAUAUAUUUCAAGCCUGCGAGUGUGCGAAAAAUGUUGGUGGUCUUCACAUGAUGUUCAAUAUUGUCAGAUGCAUCAUCUCGCUCAACAGUUCUCAGAUCCUGGAGAAAAUCACAGGGGAAGAACUGAUCAUGAACAUUAUCGGGUGCCUUGAGUAUGAUCCCGAUGUUCAUCAGCCUCAACAUCACCGGAAGCAUCUGAGAGAGCAUGUCGUUUUUAAGGAGGCUAUACCAAUUAAAAAUCCCCUGGUCCUGUCGAAGAUACACCAAAUAUACAGAAUUGCUUAUCUGAAGGAUGUUGUUUUGAAUAGAGGACUAGAUGAGGCUACAGCUGCAAAUCUACAAUUAGUGAUCAAUGCAACCAAAGCUAGUGUUGUUACACUUCUGAAGGAUGACAGCACCUUUUUCCAAGAGUUAUUUGCAAGGUUACGGUCACCAUCUACAUCUACGGAAUCCAGGAGUAAUUUGGUACAUUUCUUGCACGAGUUUUGUAAUCUAAGCAAGAGCCUCCAGAUGGUGCCGCAGCUACAGCUCUUUAGGGAACUUAUGAAUGAAGGAAUUUUUGACAUCAUAGCCGAAGUCUUGCAAAGUCCAGAUAAGAAACUCGUAUUAACCGGGACAGAUAUCCUUCUUAUUUUCUUGACUCUUGAUCCUAACCUCUUACGCUCUUAUGUUGUUCAACCGGAAAGUCCCCUCCUUGGUCUCUUGGUUAAGGGAAUGAUGGGAGAUUUUGGUGAUGAGCACUGCCAAUUUCUAGAAAUUUUUCGAAUUUUACUGGAUUCAAAUGCAUUAUCUAGUGGAGCUCAGGUGGGAGCGAAUGUUAUGGAUAUUUUCUUUGAGAAGCAUCUACCUGAGUUAGUUGAUUUCAUAACUGCCUCGUGUCCUGAAAGGCCUGGCGAUACAUCUGAAACUGCAUCCAGAAGAGUUGGCAGCCAUUGUGGGACAAAGCCCAAAGUCCUAUUGGACAUUUGUGAAUUGCUGUGCAUUUGCGUUCAGCAGGAUUCAUCAAGGACAAUUUUUCUCCUGAAAAACGUGACAGAGCAGGUUUUGUUUCUCACACGAAGAAAGGAAAAAACCGUAGUGGCUGCGGCUAUUCGAUUUUUCCGCAUUCUCCUCUCUGUCCAUGAUGAUAAUGUGCAGAGUUACGUUGUUGAGAACAACAUGCUGAAACCUAUUAUAGAUGUUCUUGUUUCCGGUGGUGAUCGAGACAAUCUGCUGAUUUCUGCUGUCUUGGAGCUUCUUGAGCACAUACGCAAGGGGAAUAAAAAUGCGUUGCUCAAAUACGUAGUUGAUACCUUUUGGGACCAGUUGGCUCCGUUUGAGCACCUGCUCGCUUUAAAAACGAAAUAUGAGCAGUGCUUAAAAAGUUGGGGACCAAAGAGCACCACUGAUCCAGUUGAUAUGAAAGGAAGUGAGCGUGCUCUAGAUGAAGAGGAGGAUAGUGACGUCAAAGGAAACAGCGGUGAAGAGAAGACAGCUUCUGCUUCUGAUACACAGAAAGAAGAAGCUAAGCCCCAUAAUUCCAAUGUAGCAGCUGCAAGUUCGUCUUCUCCGAGCUUGAGGUCUGGGGGUUUGGUUGAUUAUGAGGGGGAUGACGCAGACGUUGAAGACUGCGAAUCUCCUCCCGAGAAACGGCAAGAAGCCUCAGAGGAGAAGCUGGAAAACGAAUCCCCUUGCGGAGAAAACGAGCAAGAGCCGUGUAAGAAGAAACCGAGGCUGUGUUCAACACAUCAAGGAAACAAGAACGCCCCUGAGGAAGGUGGCGAAGCAAAGGAAGCUGACAUCUACAGAAGCAGUGACGAUGAAGAAAAGGACAGUGAACUUGGAACAGCAGACGAUGAGAAGCUGGAAGGAGGAGGUGCGUUGACAGCUUCAGGAUCAGAAAUGGAUCUUUGGGCUCACAUGAAAAGCAGUCCAAACAAAUUAGAAAGUAGGUGA